AUGGAGUUGCCGUUAUUGAAUUCUUCAUUGUUUGCCAGGGCACCACCUUCCAGUAUUGUAAACUUCACUUUGGACCAGCUAAAUGCUGAUAUAGAUGCCCAGAAACCGUUAUCUUCGUUGAUUGAUCUUACAUACCAUCUUCUCCAAGAUCCACUGGUGGGGCUGGAGAAUAAACUCAAGUUGUGGAAAAUUCGCUUGACGCUUCUUUUGUUUGGAAAUAUGUUACCUGUGGCAAAGAGAGAAGCAGUGAACUUGAAUAAUGCUCUCUAUGACCUGGAAAAUCAAAGCAUUACGGAAACAAAUACACCUAAAGUGAAUCCUCUUCCCAAGAAUAAUAAUGGAUUGAUAGACCAUGAGCUCCUAGUGUUAAUAUUGCGUCUCAAGUCCACCCCCAACAUGAAUUUGGUCAAUGAAUUCUACAAGCUCAGUUAUCAGUUGCGGUUGCGCUCGUCUCUGGCAGAUCGAGAAACGCUUUUGUGGCGAUUGUCCAGAAUAAGUUUCGACGUGGUUGUUGUUCUUGUGGUCAACAAGGCAUAUUCGACGCUUGUAAACCUUUUGGGUUCAAUACUACAUGAAUUGAAGCUUACUAAGAAGGGCGAUCAUUAUACUAAGCAUGCUUCCAAUGUCACACUAUUAUGGAUAAUAGCCGGCUGUCUUCUAAAGCUUUCAACUACCAAAGGCUCUACCUAUCUUGAUGAGAUAACGAAGGUGUAUGGCACUUAUUACGAUGGUCUUUUAGACUCAACUAAGGAAGCAUUACUGAUGGUAUUGUCUGAAGUUGCACCUCUAAUUCAAAACAGUAAACCACCACUUGAAGACCAUCAAUAUGACGUCUCACUCGAACAAUUGGGACGAUUUAUACAAGAUGGUUCCAUCACUAGCCGUACUAUAUGCUCACUUUUAGGCAUAUGGGACCUACAAUAUUGUUACAGAUUUCAAUUAAAAGAUGCAAAACUUGUUGCGGACGAAAUUAAAGGUGGGAUGAACAACAGCAUCAACUUAGCAGAGAGAAAGGUGGAGAAGAUGUGGAGUUCGAAUUAUUCACGAGUGUAUGGACUCGAAUGA